AUGGCAACUAAAAUCAUUUAUUUUACUGUGAAUGGAAGACCAGAACAAGCUGAAUUUUCCAUUGACUGUCCUGCACAAGAUGUUAAAGAUCUUUUCCGAGCAGCAGCUGAGGCUGGACCUCAUGACAUCUUAAAACUCUAUAAUACUAAAGGCAAUAUCAUUAAUAUUUCCCCACAACUGGCCCCAAAUAGUCCACACUCCUGUUAUAAACUGGAAGUGGUCGCUGCAGACUGUAACAGUGAGCUGUUAGGUUCAGAUCUGGCUGUUGCUCUGGGAUUUGACCUCUCUUCUAUGGAGAAAAGGUUACAGAGCCUGGAGAAAAGAAUCCUAACUGAAGCAGCAGAGACACCUGCCAUUGUGUAUGAGAUGAAGAGACAGGUGGAGUCAUUCAGAGAGAAACUGGAGAGUGUUGAGCACCUGAGCUGGUUGGGACUGUUUAAAGACAUAUCAGAAGGCACCCACAAGCCCUCCCCUUUCUACCAUAAAAGAACCCUGCGCAAGACCCGAGAAGAGUGUGAGCACGUCAGGCAAAAGUUCCUCCAAAUGAGUUCUCUGGAGGUUUCUGAAGAGGUGAGACAGUAUCUUAAAACACCAACCUUUGAUAACUGGCAAUGGGAGGACGCUGAGAUCAUGGUGCUGCUCCAGGUGAUGUACACAGACCUGGACUUCAUCUCCACCUUUAACAUUGAGCUGGAUGUGCUGCAGCAGUUCCUUUAUGAAGUGUACCGACACUACAAUAACAUCCCCUUCCACAACUUCAAGCACUGCUUCUGCGUCACUCAGAUGAUGUAUGGACUAAUAUGGCUAACAGAUCUCAGAAGCAAGAUUGACAGUACUGACCUCUUCAUCAUGCUAACCUCAGCCAUCUGUCACGAUCUAGAUCACACCGGCUACAACAAUGCAUACCAGAUUAAUGCACGCACUGAGCUCGCCUUGAGGUACAAUGACAUCUCCCCACUGGAAAAUCACCACUGCGCUGUAGCUUUUGAAAUCCUGGAAAAGAGUGAAAGCAACAUUUUCCGAAACUUGCCGACAGAGCAAUACAAAAGAAUAAGAGAGGGCAUAAUUAAGUUUAUUCUUGCUACUGAUAUGACCAGACAUACUGAGAUCCUCAACAAGUUCAAAGCCAUUCUCCCUGUGUUCGACUUCAGCAACAAAGAUCACAGAGAUGUAUUGAUGAUGAUCAUGAUUAAAGUAAGUGACAUCUCCAAUGAGGCGAGACCCAUGGAUGUGGCAGAACCGUGGCUGGACUGUCUGCUGCAGGAGUUCUUUAAUCAGAGUGACAUGGAGAAGUUGGAGGGUCUUCCUGUCACUCCAUUCAUGGAUCGAGACAAAGUGACCAAACCGUCUUCUCAGACUGGAUUUAUCCGCUUUGUUCUCUUUCCUCUCUUCAUUGAACUGGCCAAUCUUUUCCCCUGUCUGGAGCAACACAUCAUUGACCCAGUGCGGAAAGCCCUGGAUUAUUACACAGAGAUGGAGAAAGCUCUGGAGAGGGAGAAACAGAACCGGGCCCAGAGUGACAAGGUGGUCAAGCCCAGCACCUCAAAAGAGCCAGAAGCUCAUCCAGAACCUGGUGGGACGACAAAACCAGUCAACCUGUAAUCUAACCUCA